AUGGGUGCCAAAGUGUCUAGAUCAGAUUUUGAAUGGGUUUAUACAGAUGAGCCUCAUGCAACUAGAAGAAAAGAAAUAUUAAAAAAGUAUCCGGAGAUCAAGAACUUGAUGGGUUACGAUCCAAACUUCAAGUAUGUUGUUACUGCUAUGGUACUUGCACAGUGUAUUUCUUUUUGGUUGCUCAAGGAUGCAUCAUUUACUACACUCUUCAUUGCAGCAUAUUGUUUUGGAGGAGUUAUAAAUCAUUCUUUAGGGUUAGCAGUUCAUGAAAUAUCUCAUAAUUUAGCAUUUGGACAUGCAAGACCUAUGCAUAACCGAAUAUUUGGAAUGUUUGCAAACCUACCAAUUGGCAUACCCAUGUCGAUCUCUUUUAAGAAAUAUCAUCUUGAACACCACAGAUAUCAGGGUGAUGAAAAGUUAGAUACAGAUCUACCUACAAAACUGGAAGCAAAACUUUUUUGUACUACAUUUACAAAGCUACUUUGGGUCCUUUUGCAACCCUUCUUUUAUACACUGAGGGCAUUUUUUGUGUAUCCGAAGCCACCUACUGCACUGGAAAUCAUAAAUGUUAUUAUUCAGUUGGCUUUUGAUGCACUGGUGGUCUAUUUCUGUGGUUUUCGUAUACUAGCAUAUAUGAUAGGUGGGACACUGCUUGCUAUGGGUCUACAUCCUGUGGCUGGGCAUUUUAUUUCUGAGCAUUAUAUGUUCAAAAAAGGAUUUGAAACAUAUUCUUAUUAUGGUCCUCUGAACUUUAUAACUUUUAAUGUAGGCUAUCACAUGGAACAUCAUGACUUUCCUAGUGUUCCUGGAUCUCGGCUACCCGAAGUAAAAAGAAUAGCAAAAGAAUAUUAUGAUGAUUUGCCUCAGCAUAGUUCUUGGAGCAAAGUGAUAUGGGACUUCAUAACAGAUCCUGCUAUUGGACCUUAUGCUCGAGUAAAAAGACAGCAUAAACCUAGAGAUUGAAUAUAUCUUAAUUGUUACCUUAUGUUUAUUCCAGAAUAACUUAUAUGCUUUUUAUUUGCUUGUUUGGCAAUGAUUUCUAAGUGAAGUUAUGAACCUCAUUUCACUAUACAUAUAUUUCAAUAUAGUGCUGUAUAACAGAAAGCAUGCAUCAUUUAUAUUUUAUGAAUACAGUUACCCCUUUUUAUAAAGGAGAUAAAUCCAAUUGAUUUCCUCUCAGAUUUUACAAGUUCUGCUGUCUGUGAAUUUAUGGAAUAUUUUAACUACAUAAGUUAUACUUUGUAAUACAUAUUAAUAAAAUACUUACAUGCAUAUAAGUUCUAAUAAAAUGUAACUGAGAGCAAGAACAGGUGAAUUGCUAGUUAAUCUAUAAAACUGAAACAUUGGUUUGUAAGAACGUUUAAAUAUUAUCUGUUGUGUAAUAAAUUAUGCUCAAAGCAUGCUUAUGAAAGUUAUUGCUAAGUGCCAGAAGCUAUGCAAAAAUUUCAGAAAAGUGCAGGAAGGGAGUGACUAUAAAUUAAGUAUAAUAUAUAAAAUAUGCUACUAUUAUAAGAUGUUGAAGAUGCUGUAAUAUAAUAUAAAGUACUUCUAUAAUGUAUACAAGAAUAGGUAUGCUUGAAUAUGAUUAGUAACAUAAGCUGUUUGAAAUUUAAAAUAUGAUAAGAUAAAACAGUUUAUUUUAAAUUAAAAGCUUUAUGUGCAAAGCAAAUUUUUAACUUUUUCUUUAAAAUUCUAGAAAAAUAUAUUAUUCAUAAAAAGUGUCAUUAUAUAACAUAUUUGCAGUAUACCACGGCUUCACACAAAUAAACAUUUAUCCUAUUAUAAAACUUAAAAUAUCAAUUAAUACAUUGUACUAACUUAAAUUUUUAGUGGUAUAUUCUUGUUAUUAUUAUUUUUGUUAUUAUAAGAAUUCUCAUGCUUUUAAAACUUGUAAAUGGUGUAAACUAGUCUUAUUUAUAAAAUAAUGCAUUUUUAUUACUUUAUGAAUCUUAUAUAUUUAGGUACUGUAUAAUGAAGGGAAAAGAUUCUUCACAAUCUGCUGGAAUUAAUGUGCGAAAGCCUUAACCAUUAUUAACAUUUCUUCAUGUAUAAUUUCAUUGAGUAACUAUUAUUCUGAAAUUAAUAUGAUCUGAUUUGGCUGCAUUAAAAUAUUCAAAUAAAAUCUUUGACAGUCAUAUUUUUCGUAUGGUAUUUUUUCAGACUGUUUUCCCUUCUGUGUGUUCAUUAAAUGUGAAUAUUUUUAGAAUUUUGACUUGCAAGUUGAAAAUCACUGUGUAUUUAAUACUGAUUACAAUAUUGCCACUAGUAAGAUAAAAUGUAGACUAAUUUUCUUAAAGAAAAGAAGUUGAAACCAUAAAUGUAAAUAAUUGAAUAGAGCUUAUGAUAUGUAGACUGUAGUCUAUAAAUGCAUUUUCUUGCAUGAAAUGUUAAUUAUUGUAUUAAUAUUUCUGUAUGUGAUGACAUGAACUGUCAUAUCAGAAAAAGAGCAUUUUUUGUCAAAAAAUGGCAUGCAUUUUUUUAUUCAUAAAAUUCUUUUUGAUGCUAUUAUUAUUGUUUAACUAUAUAUUCUUUUGAAUAAAUAUUUUGAAUCGCA